AUAUCACACCAACUGACUGGUUCUUCUGAUGUUGUUCACACAGGAGACCAUGUUGAGACAUUCUCCACAUCCAGUGAGCAAGAGCAGGAAGAUCAGAGAGCCAAGAGGUCUCAUCACUGCCCACAUUGUGAAGAGAUUUUCCCAUUUCUAUCAAGGCUAAAAAUACACCUACAAAUUCACGCAGGAGAGAAGCCAUACGUCUGCUCUGAAUGUGGAAAAUGUUUUAAAACAUCAAAUGUGCUAAAGGUUCAUCAGAGAACACACACAGGAGAGAAGCUUUAUUCCUGCUCUGACUGUGGAAAAUAUUUUAAAACAUCAAAUGAGCUAAAAGUUCACCAGAGAACACACACAGGAGAGAAGCCUUUUGUCUGCUCUGAAUGUGGAAAAUGUUUUAAAACAUCAAAUGUGCUAAAGGUUCAUCAGAGAACACACACAGGAGAGAAGCCUUUCUUCUGCCCUGACUGUGGAACUAGUUUCUCUCAACUUUCCCACUUAAAAGCACAUGAGCGUAUACAUACAGGGGAGAAGCCAUACUCCUGCUCUGACUGUGGGAAAUGUUUUAAAACAUCAAAUGUGCUAAAGGUUCACCAGAGAACACACACAGGAGAGAAGCCUUUCUUCUGCCCUGACUGUGGAACUAGUUUCUCUCAACUUUCCCACUUAAAAGCACAUGAACGUAUACAUACAGGUGAAAAGCCUUACAUCUGCUCUGACUGUGGGGCGAGUUUCUCUCAUCUGGGCACCUUAAAAACACACCAACGUAUACACACGGGAGAGAAGCCUUACUCCUGUUCUGACUGUGGAAAAUGCUUCACAACGUCAACUGAUCUAAAGGUUCAUCAGAGAACACACACAGGAGAGAAGCCUUAUUCCUGCUCUGACUGUGGAAAAUGUUUUAAAACAUCAAAAGAGCUAAAAGUUCAUCAGAGAACACACACAGGAGAGAAGCCUUACUCCUGCUCUGACUGUAGAAAAUGCUUCAUAACAUCAACUGAUCUAAAAUUUCAUCAGAGAACACACACAGGAGAGAAGCCUUAUUCCUGCUCUGACUGUGGAAAAAGUUUUAAAACAUCAAAUAAGCUUAAAGUUCACCAGAGAACACACACAGGAGAGAAGCCUUACGUCUGCUCUGACUGUGGAACUAGUUUCUCGCAACUUUCCAACUUAAAAUCACAUGAACGUAUACAUACAGGGGAGAAGCCAUACUCCUGCUCUGACUGUGGAAAAUGCUUCAAAACAUCUACUAAUCUAAAAGUUAAUCAGAGAACAUGUGCAGGAGAAAAGUCUUACUCCUGUUCUGACUGUGGGGUGAGUUUCUCUUGACUGGAUAUCUAAAAAACACACCAACAUAUAUACACACAGGAUAGAAGUCUUACUCCUUCUCUGUGGAAGGGUGGGCAUGUAACUCAAACUUCUAGCCAAAGGCUGCUGUGUUUAGAACCUCAUCAAGGUUAACUGUAGCAUUUUAGCUAAUUAGCAACUUUGCAAAUACUUACAACUAUUUAGCUAUUACUUAGCAUGUUAGCUUAGUAUGCAACUACUUAGUAUGUUAGCUAACCUUUCCCCUAAAACCAUGUAACCCCUCACCCCUUACCUUGCUAACAUUAGCAACAACAAAUUGGAAUUCGUAACAUAUUGUAUGAAUAGCAAUGCGUAAAAUAACAUAUGAAUUGUAAUUCUUAACAUACGAUACAUCCAACAAGUUGUAUUAUACUGAACAACAAUCUAAACGCAACAAUUUCAAAUAUUUAUAUUUCGUAUAAGAAAAUCAGUCAUUUUAAAUAAACGAGGCCCUAAUCUAUGGAUAUCACAUGACUGGGCAGGGGCUCAGCCAUGGGUGGGACUUGGGAGGCCAUCGGCCCACUUGGGAGCCAGGCCCCGCCAAUCAGCAUGAGUUUAUCCCCACAAAAGGUCUUUAUUACAGACAGAAAUACUACUCAGCCCCCUCCCAGACAAUCCUGCAGGUGAAGAGGUACUGGGCUGCCGUGGUUACAUAAAAAUAAAGGUUCUACACAUUAACUAAGAAUAAAUUCGUAUUUACAAUGAUGGCCAAUGCUCUAACCACAAGGCUACCUUCCGCCCCUAACAUGUAUCAGAUAGAGAUGGUAUGAUGAUCACUUUUCACCACUAGUUGGGGGGGGGGGUUUUACAACUUUAUUUAAUGAUACACAGUUUAUGAAAUGGAUACACGUGUUUAUUAAUUGUCUGUAAAACGAGAUGAGUUAUUUUAGUUACUGAUCAUGAAUGUGUUUGGAUAACUGCAUUGAAGCAAACUUUAUUAAUCUGCCAAUGAAAAAUAAAGUUACAUGAAUAUGUA